AUGAAAAUUUCACAUAGAACAUCCAAUCACAUGCACACAGUAAAACAUACCAUAAAAUUUGUAGCUUUUGAUGAUAACCAGGUUGGACAAUUUAAAAAUUCUUUUCCUGUAAAUAUUCAACAUCCAAAUGAAAGGGACAGGUUGAAACAAACACGACAUCAUUUAGGUAAUGAUAAAUUAUUUUUUAAUGAAUAA